UAUCGUUCGGGACUGAUCCCAAGGCAAAUAUUCUUUAGAAAGAGAAAUUCCUUUUUCUUAAAAAUAGCUUAAUAUUCUCUUUCUAAAUUUGCCUUGGAAAGUGGAUAAUGAGUGAUUUAGACAGGCCAGCAAAGUGUAUGAAACCCAUGGAAAACGACGUUGAAAGAUUCGACAAGGCUUUCCCUGAAUUAGUGAACGACUUGAUGAAGGAGAGUGACUUUCAAGAUUUGAAAAUCCGUGAAGCAGUUAUUAGAGUCAAAGAGGUCCUUGAAUACAAUGUACCAGGAGGUAAAAGGAAUCGUGGUUUAUCAGUGAUUGGGUCACUUAGACAUAUCAUAAGUGAAGACAAGAUUACAGAAGAGCAGAUCAAUAUAGCAAUGCUCCUGGGAUGGUGUGUUGAAUGGUUUCAGGCAUUCUUUCUUAUGGCUGAUGAUAUAAUGGACCAGUCAUUGAUGAGGAGAGGCAAAACAUGUUGGUAUAAAAAGCCAGAAGUUGGGUACAAAGCCAUAAAUGAUUGUAUCAUGAUAGAGCAGACUGUGUUUAUCUUACUGAAAAAACACAUUAGACAUCAGAGUUACUAUAUAGACAUUGUUGAACUCUUCCAUGAGAUUGCAUAUCUCACAUCUCUUGGACAAUCAUUGGACUUGACUACAACACCAGGGAAAAAUUUUGAAAAUUUUACUUUAGACAGGUACAAGGUAAUUGUCAAGUACAAGACAGCUUUCUAUUCAUUCUAUCUUCCUGUGGCUCUGGCAAUGUACAUGGCUGGCAUUACAGACAAAGAAACACAUGAAAAUGCUAAGGCUAUUCUAUUAGAAAUGGGAGAAUUUUUCCAAGUACAGGAUGAUUUUUUAGAUGCUUUUGGUGACCCAAUUGUAAUGGGUAAAGUAGGAACAGAUAUUGAAGAAAACAAAUGUACCUGGUUGGUAGUUAAGGCCUUGGAAAGAAUUAAUUCACAACAGAUGGACAUUAUUAAGGAAAAUUAUGGAAUAAACAGUGUACAAGCAUCCUCCAAGAUAAAAGACCUUUAUCAUACCUUGAACCUCAAGCAGGUAUUCCAUGAAUAUGAAGAACAAAGUUAUCAACGAAUUCUUGAUCUGAUAUCUAAGAAAUCAAGCCAACUUCCCAAGGCAAUCUUUCUCGAGUUUGUUAAGAAGAUUUACAAGAGAAAUAAAUAAUGUUAUGGUACAGUGAGGACUGUGACACUUUCCUGAAAUUUCUGCUGUUUCAAACCCUCUAAAACGCAUCAUUGCAAGUCGGUUGUUCGCCUUGCUGCAAACGCACGGCUACCUUUCAAGAUGCCGCAGGGAAUUGAUUGGCUCAAGGAGGAUUUACUAUGCAUUAAAUAAAAAAUGGCAAAAAAAAAAAAAACGGUUCACAGCUGAGUGUCCUCCCUGUAACAGUUGAUGAACUUAACGAACAUGAACUGCGUGCAAGGUAAUCCUUAGGGAAAACAUUUCCCCAAUUAUUAAAAACUAAAAAUAAAUACUGUUAAUAGACCUCUUCAACUUGGGGUAAUGUUUCCCAUUUCAGACCACGUGUCAUUCCCUUGAGAAUAAUAUUCUUUGUUUAAGCUAUAUCCAUAUUCAUGUGUCUUCUGAUGUGCAACCGAGCGCAAACCUUAAACAAAGAAAUGAUACUGAAAUGAGAAAACAUUACGUCAGAGCCGAAGAGGUCUAUUGACAGUCUUGAUUUACAAGUAGGAAUCAUAGAAUAAAAUAAAUGAAUUAUUUCGUUUUUAAAUGACAUUGGAUAUAAUUUAGAUAAAUCUAGUUAGGUUUGUUUGUAGGAUGUAUUAUAAAUAAUGACUGCAACUGUGAUAUUUUAAUAAUAAACAUCUUUAGUGGGUAACUAAUAAAGUUAAACGUUUUUCCA